GAUUACUUUUGGCACUAAUCUGAUUGACAUUCACACCUCGCGCUAGAGUCAUUGCAUCGUUUUUCUUGCGUCGCGCGAAAAGCACUAACGCAGAAUGGCUGACGACGAGCUUCCUCCCCAGCCGGUGUGGGAGGGACCCCUCGACGAGGACGGCAAGCCACAUGGACUGGGCAAGAUGGAGUACCCUCCCCCUCCCAUGGGCGAGGACGACGAGGAGGAGAAGCCGGGCGACAAGUUUGAGGGGACGAUGGAGCAUGGCGUGCGGACGGGGAAAGGGACAUACACGUGGGGCGUCAGCGGCGCUGUGUACACAGGCGACUACGUGAACGGCAAGAAGCACGGGAAAGGGAAAAUGGUGUACCCUGACAAGGGCGUGUAUGAAGGCGACUGGGUUGAGGACGUGAUGCAGGGCCAGGGGACAUAUACCUACCCCAAUGGUGACAUCUACCAGGGCGCCUUCUGGGCGGGCAAGCGCCACGGCAAGGGCAUGUACCACUACAAGGGCCCCUGCUGCCAGCUGGUGGGCGACUGGGCGGACGGCGGCUUCACCUACGGCCGCUGGGUGUACGCGGACGGGUCCAUGUUUAUGGGCAAGUUCGGCGGCGCGGCGGCGGACUCCAAGCCCACGGCAGGCAGCUACUUCUACAGCAGCAGCAGCCUGGUGCAGGAGGGGCACUUCGCCAAGGACGGGUCGUGGGUGGGGCACCGCGACCCUGCCGUCGGCAAGGAGUUCUCUGUGGCAUAAGCAGCCGCGGGAGGCACCGCCAGCACAGGAGCAUGAAGCACUUAGUGAGUGAUGACUUAGUAAGAUGUAGUGCGCGGAGGCCGCGGUGCCACAGUGGUGCAACACCAUCAUACGCAGGACGUACGGUAAUGGGCCGUGGGGUACAGCACUGGUGGUGCAUGGCCCCCAAAGCGGCUGGAUGUUAUCGGAGGAACCUAUGACCAUGACAGGUAUUUAAAUGACAAUAUGGACAGUCUGACAGGACUGGCGUGUGCACUGUGAUCUCUGGAUUGUUGGCGUGCACCGGCCCCCGCAGGGGGCGCGGCGCACCUAUACGUUUCAGAAAGGGGGGGCCCCUGUCAAGUUGGUAAACACACGUUCCCGGCCCCCGCCGACUGAACACAGCCGUUAUUUAAGCCAUCC